AUGGCAGAUACGGUCCGUACUCGGAUGCGCUAUCCGCAGCGUCUCCUCGAAGAUAUCUUGCCCGGCACAGCGUACGACCUCCUCCCCGAGGACAGCCAGGAGAAAAUCUACCGAGACCUGUACGGGACGCUCGAGGCCAAGACAAUACGCAGCGAACAGGAGAGCGUGCGCACGGGCGAGCCGUACUACAUGAAAUGGCGGCCGUCGAUCGACGAGGCGAUGCGCGCCGUAUUUGACAGCAGAUUCGGAGACGAACUGGCAGGCCUACUGACUACCGAACCGGGCAAACACAGACACGCAGAAAGCUUCACCUGGGCCGGCGACGCAGACGUCCAGGCCCUGUACGCCGAGGUUAAGACGGGCGUGGCGGCGCGGCUACAGCGGGAGCCGUGGGCCGGGACGCUGGACCUGGAUGCGUGCGUGUCGAAGGGCGCGGGUCAUUGUACGGUGGCCGAGAUCAUGGAUACGUGCCUCAUCCCACCGAAGACGGAUGGGAGGACCACGCGGACGCGCAAGUAUCGGCGCCAUUGA